AUGUCGGCACUCGAUUUGAAUCCAAGUCUGGGAUGCUACUAUAUCGGAAUCGUGAUCUCCCUUGUAUUCUUUGGCGUCACCUGCUCGCAGGUUCUGUUCUACGCCAAGACGUAUCGGAAUGACAACCUGCUCAUGAAGUGUUGGGUUGCCACCCUAUGGCUGCUGGAUACGAUUACUACUAUCUUCGCCUUGAGUAUUCUAUGGGGAGAGACGAUCACGUCUCAUGGACAGCCAUUAGCUCUGCUCCAUUUGGAUAAUGUGUUCAUGGCUGAGUAUGCAUUUGCAGCCAUAACUGUGCUGCUUGUACAAUGCCACUACAUUUUUAACAUAUGGAGAUGUAUGGCCCAUGUUACUUCUUCAUUGUUGUUGAACUCAUGGAGAGCAGUCCACCAAGGGAAGACAUUCAAGAUUCCACUUACACUGACAGCUCUCUCCCUGGCUUUAUUGUCAUUUGCUGGUGCUCUUGUAUGUGUUUACCUAGGAUCUAUUCAUCGCCAAAUUCCAGGUGCCUUUAAUUAUAUGAAGAACACUGGGUUCAGAAGCACUGGGGCUCUCAUAAGAAAGCUCACCAUGUACAUUGUCAAUAGGGCUAUCCUGACCAUGGUGUUGCAAACAGUUCAAUUCAUCACAUACAUCUCCCUCCCCAAUGCUGUACAAGUUUGGGCAGUAUUUCACUUCCCUGGGAGUAAGGGUGUAUCAGUGCAGAGAAUGGAGUUGUUGUUGACAUAUGGACAUGCACAGGUUUAA